CAAAAUAAAAUAAUAAAAAGAUGUAACCGCCUCUUCUCACACUUCAAAAUUUUUUUUCCCUCUUAUAAAGAUUUCGAAAUCCGAGAGAAUCGAAGUGACAAGAAUAUAAGGAUGGGAAUGGAGAUGGUGGUGGAGAGGAGGACGACGGAGAUGGCGGAGGAAGGAUGUACGACGCCGAGAAGCAGGAUGUAUAGGAUUCCGGUGGCUUCUGUUUGUCCACCGCCGCCGAGGAAGAAAUCCAUGGUUGUGAGGAAACGAGAUCCGCCUAUGAACGGCUAUUUUCAACCACCGGAUCUGGAAGCUCUCUUCUACGCACAGCCUCGACGAGAAGCUUGCGCUUAGAGACUUUUCAGUUUUUUUGGAUUUUGAUUCUUCUUCUUUUUGGCUUUU